AUGCCUGGGCGAACACUGCCGACCUUCACGUCCUCUGAAGUCAAAUCGCACUCUACCGCGAAAUCGUGCUGGGUGACACGGGGAUCAAAGGUCUACGAUGUCACCUCCUUCGUCGAUGACCACCCAGGUGGUGGUGAUUUGAUUUUGCAGCAUGCAGGCCGGGAUGUCUCCCAGAUCCUGCGGGAUACCAUUUCACACGAGCACAGCGAGGCUGCCUACGAGAUAUUGGAAGAAUAUCAUAUCGGUUUUAUGACCUCAGAGUCAACGUCCAAGUCAGACACUAAUGGCACUAUGAAUGGCCAGCCAAACGGGUGCAUAAUCCAAAGCAAUGGGCGACGAGUGUACGCUGCGACCGGAAUGUCCAGCGAAGAAGACCUCUCCAUCGACACCGACGCUACUGCAGACUAUAAAGAGCACAAGUUUUUGGAUCUAAGCAGGCCUCUCUUUGGUCAACUUUGGUUUGGCGGAUUCUCGAAAGCGUUCUACCUCGAGCAGGUCCAUCGCCCACGGCACUACAAAGGAGGCUCCUCUGCCCCCUUGUUUGGCAACUUCCUCGAGCCUUUGACCAAAACCGCAUGGUGGGUUGUUCCGAUGGUCUGGUUUCCAUGCGUAGCAUACGGAAUGGCGAUUGGAUUUGCUGGUCUCCGGAACGUAAUGAUGGGGUGCGUGUACUGGUUAACUGGGCUGUUCAUCUGGACAUUGGUGGAGUACGGCAUGCAUCGGUGCCUUUUUCAUAUCGACGAUUAUCUCCCAGAUAACCGUGUUGGACUCAGCCUUCAUUUCCUGCUUCAUGGAAUUCACCAUUACCUGCCUAUGGACAAAUACCGCCUCGUCAUGCCACCUGCGCUGUUCCUUAUCCUAGCCGCGCCUUUCUACAAGCUUACCCAUUUCGUGUUCUUCUACAACUGGUAUGCGGCAGUGCUGGUGUAUUGUGGAGGAAUUUUCGGAUACGUGUGUUACGACACGACGCAUUACUUUCUGCAUCACCGAAACCUUCCUGCCUAUUACCGCCAGCUCAAGAAAUAUCACCUACAGCAUCACUUUGCAGAUUAUGAAAACGGUUUUGGCGUCACCAGCCGCUUCUGGGACAGGGUGUUUGGAACAGAACUUCCUCCACUUCCGUCUGCGAAGGCCGAAUGA